AUGAUCCCGGAAAGAUUGUUCAGCGAUGAUGAUGAUGAUGAUGAUGAUGAUGAGAGUGGCAUUGUUACAGAUCCAAAUGAGGACACGGAAUGGAAUGACAUAUUAAGAGAUUUUGGGAUUCUGCCUCCAAAAGAAGAGGUUAAGGAUGAAAUUGAAGAAAUGGUUUUACGUUUACAAAAGGAAGCAGAAGUGAAACCUUAUGAAAAAAUGAAUCUGAAGCAACUGAAAGGAGCCGAAGACGAUUUUGAUGAGGAAGAUUUAAAAGCGGUUGAAAUGUACAGGAAACAACGUUUGGCAGAGUUAAAAGCUCUACAAAAGAGACAAAGAUUUGGAGAACUGAAUGAAAUUGCUGGGAAUCAGUAUGUGAAGGAAGUCACAAAUGCGCCAAAGGAUGUGUGGGUUGUCAUCCAUCUUUAUAAUGCAAGUAUUCCAAUGUGUGCGUUGGUUAAUAGAUACCUCAGCCUGCUGGCCAUAAAAUUUCCAGAAACUAAGUUUGUGAAAGCCAUUGCCAAGAGCUGUAUUGAAAAUUAUCACGAUAAUUGCUUGCCUACAAUAUUUGUCUAUAAGGACGGUAAAAUUGAAGGCAAGUUAAUUGGAGUUGUGGAGUUUGGUGGAACAGCACUUACAGUAGAAGAUCUUGAAUGGAAGUUGGCAGAAUUUGGUGCUAUAAAAACGGAUUUAGAAGAAAACCCCAGAAAAGGUAUUAAGGACAUGAUGAUGUCCUCACUUAGAAAGGCUUCUAUAGAUGAUAACUAG